ACUUCUCUACCCAGGUGAACUCUUCGUCCCUCAACUCUCCAACGGGUCGAGGCUCCAUGGCUGCCCCUUCGCUGCACCCGUCCUUGGGUCCGGGAAUCGGCUCUCCACUGGGCUCCCCUGGGCAGCUGCACUCUCCUAUCAGCACCCUGAGCUCCCCCAUCAAUGGCAUGGGUCCGNCCUUCUCUGUCAUCAGCUCCCCCAUGGGCCCGCACUCCAUGUCGGUACCCACUACACCCACAUUGGGCUUCGGGACUGGUAGCCCCCAGCUCAAUUCACCCAUGAACCCCGUGAGCAGCAGUGAGGAUAUCAAGCCACCACUAGGCCUCAAUGGCGUCCUCAAGGUUCCUGCCCACUACGGGGUAUACAGUUGUGAGGGCUGCAAGGGCUUCUUCAAGAGGACAGUACGCAAGGACCUGACCUACACCUGCCNAGACAACAAGGACUGCCUGAUCGACAAGAGACAGCGGAACCGGUGUCAGUACUGUCGCUACCAGAAGUGCCUGGCCAUGGGCAUGAAGCGGGAAGCCGUGCAGGAGGAGCGGCAGCGGGGCAAGGANCGGAAUGAGAACGAGGUGGAGUCCACCAGCAGUGCCAACGAGGACAUGCCUGUAGAGAAGAUUCUGGAAGCCGAGCUCGCUGUCGAGCCCAAGACUGAGACAUACGUGGAGGCAAACAUGGGGCUGAACCCCAGCUCACCAAAUGACCCUGUUACCAACAUCUGUCAAGCGGCAGACAAGCAGCUCUUCACUCUUGUGGAGUGGGCCAAGAGGAUCCCACACUUUUCUGAGCUGCCCCUGGACGACCAGGUCAUCCUGCUACGGGCAGGCUGGAACGAGCUGCUGAUCGCCUCCUUCUCCCACCGCUCCAUAGCUGUGAAGGAUGGGAUUCUCCUGGCCACCGGCCUGCACGUACACCGGAACAGCGCUCACAGUGCUGGGGUGGGCGCCAUCUUUGACAGGGUGCUAACAGAGCUGGUGUCUAAGAUGCGUGACAUGCAGAUGGACAAGACGGAGCUGGGCUGCCUGCGAGCCAUUGUCCUGUUCAACCCUGACUCUAAGGGGCUCUCAAACCCUGCUGAGGUGGAGGCACUGAGGGAGAAGGUGUAUGCGUCACUAGAAGCAUACUGUAAACACAAGUACCCCGAGCAGCCGGGCAGGUUUGCCAAGCUGCUGCUCCGCCUGCCUGCACUGCGUUCCAUCGGACUCAAGUGCCUGGAGCACCUGUUCUUCUUCAAGCUCAUCGGGGACACGCCCAUCGACACCUUCCUCAUGGAGAUGCUGGAGUAUUAG